GAAACACGAAGGACGAGGAAUUCCAAGACCAAACCAUUGGUUGAAAAGAUUACCGAUCAAAGGUCCGCCAGGGUCAAAAGAAAGAUUUCCGAAGCGGAAUUAGGCGACACGGAUUCACGGCAAAUUCAGCAGACCACAUUACAAUUGAGGAGAACAAAAAGAAAUGCUUCGAAGCAAAACUCAAUAAACAGAAAAAAUUAUGAAUUGUAUAACAAGGAUUUGAUGCUCUUUCCGAAUGCCUUGUACGAAAAGCCUUCUAAGCUGUGGAUUAAGAAUAUGAAAAAAACAACAAAAUAA